AUGGACAUUACCAAACAUUCAGGUUACAAAGAUUUUGUGUGGGCGGUUGAACUACAUCGGAUCAGCUUGGAAGUGAUCGGUUUAUGGCCCGGAACCGAUAAAACAGCUAAGGACAGUUUCCUUUCCGAUCUUCGCGUGAGCGUUAUUUUCGUUAUAGUAACUUUUCUGUCAGUUGUUCCUCUCAUAUGUUCUUUGAUACGUGUUUGGGGCGAUAUGAUUCUCAUGAUAGACAACCUCCAAGUUACUUUUUCUUUAUUGAUGGUUUCGCUAAAACUGAUCAUCAUGCGAUGGAAACGUACAGCUGUUUCAUUCAUCGUGAGGAUGAUGGCAAAGGAUUGGGUAGAGUUGAGGGUAGACAGAGAGAGGUACGUGAUGAUCAAACGAGCUCGAGCUGCCCGACUGAUCGUGAUCUGCGGAUACGCUUUGAUGAUAUUCGCGUUCAUCGUGCUCAUCAUUCUUCCGUCAUUUGGUUUACACUUUCGAUACCUGACGAAUCUCACGGAUCACGGCAGACUGUUACCGUUGCAGGCGUAUUAUUUCUACGACACGGAUAAGAGCCCGCAAUUUGAGCUCACUCUUGUUAUCCAAGCCGUGACAACAUUACUAGGAGCGAUAACUUACACAUCGGUGGACUCUUUUUUUGCAUUGACGAUUUUUCACAUCUGCGGUCAGUUGGAGAAUUUCAGAUACCGAUUAGUUGACUUGGCAUCGCGCAAAGAUUUCGAUAGUAUUCUGCGCGAUAACAUGCAGACUCAUAUACAACUGAUAAGAUUCGCAGCAAAUAUCGAAAAUACGUUCACUUUAAUGAUGUUGGGACUGGUAUUCUAUUUUGGUAUUGUAUUUUGUCUAUACGGGUUUCUAUUGGUUACUGUAAUUGGCGACGAUGAGAUAAGUAACAUGUCCCCUCAACGAAUAUGCUUCGUGAUGAUCGGUAUUGUUACUUUAUUGGCGCACACGUUUCUUUAUUGCAGCGCCGGGGAGAUUGUAAAGGAACAAUGCGAGGCAAUAUAUCGCGCUAUGUGCAAUCUUGAGUGGUACAGAUUGAAACCAAAAGAGGCAAGAACCCUGAUUUUACUAAUGAUACGAACCAGCGAACCUUUUCGUAUCACCGCGGGAAAAAUAUUUCCAUUAACGAUGACUACAUUCUGCAGUCUAUUAAAAACGUCGGCCGGUUAUAUAUCGUUUCUACUAGCAAAUCGCGAAAUUGAAGCAUGAGAAAAGUUAUAUCAUUUAUUUAGAAAUUGAAAGAGGAUAAAUAAUAAUAUAUUUCCAAUGAGUGAAAAUUAAGACCAAAAAUUAAUAACUAUAUCGGUUAG